UGCUGUCACUAUUUUUGAAAAAUGCCAAAUUUUCGUGUAAAGUUCGUGUCAUGAUCCAAAAUGUUUGUAUUUGUGGCAAAACUCAAAAAACCAAACCGAUCGUUAUAAUUGUUACUACGUGUAAAAAUAAACAUGUUUGCAAACAGUCAAUCGAUUUAGGAGUUCCAAGUGAAAAUAUCGAAACUAAAACAGAGAGCAAAACAACCAGUCAUGUACGUUCAACGAAUAACGUAGAGACAAUCAAAGUAGAUGAAUCGUUUAGUGAUAUUAACGUAGACCAUAUUUUUUACGAUACAUCAAGUAAAGAAGUUAUACACGAAGAAUUAAAACAUACUAAAGACAUAUCUAUUAACGCACCUUCUACUACGUCUUUACAGUUGCCAGUUAUACUUCCAAGGUACCAUGGACCUGGUUGCGCUUUGGAAAUUUGUGUAUUAGAAAAACACAAGGUUAAUUGCAAUUGGAAAAAAUCGAAAAACGAAAACCGAAAUCCAGUUGAUGAUAGAAUAGGAAGUUAUGACGUUAUAGGACGUAUAAAAUACAGGACGUGCGCCCUAAGUGCUAAAGAAAACAAAACGGUAAAAUCGGAAAUACACACCGAGGUAACCGAUGUACAUCAUUUACCACAAAAUGAUCCCAUGGUAAUGUUUUCGUUUCCUGAACGGAAUAAUACGUAUAGUUGGAGUGUCGUCGGUUAUACCAAGAAUCAAAAAAUUUUGAGUAUACCAUCGGAAUGCGGCAAUAAAAUAGACGUAAGUACUGGUGUUAACGAUCAAAAUAAAAUAGAAAUUUGUUACGGAGGCGAAAACAAACGUUGCGGUAAAAAAUCCGCAGUAGAAGAAUUAUAUUUUUACGGAAAAUCCUGUAACAGAUGCGUUCAAAUGGAUAAAAUUGCUAAAAGAAAAUGGUAUCAUCGUCUGGUCCCCUGCGUAUUUGAUUAAAGUAUCAGACAAAUAAAUUAUUUAUGUCAACGAUUUUUUCAGUUCAAUUAAAUUUCGUUCAACAAUCAA